AUGGCCGACGAGUCUCUCUCUAUCUACGAUGAGAUCGAAAUCGAAGAUAUGACCUUUGACCCUGCUAUGCAGAUCUAUCACUAUCCCUGCCCAUGCGGCGACCGCUUCGAGAUCGCCAUCGACGAUCUGCGCGACGGGGAGGACAUCGGCGUGUGUCCGAGUUGCAGUUUAAUGAUCCGGGUCAUCUUUGAUGUGGCCGAUCUUCCCAAGGCGUGA